UAUAAAGAAUGCAUGUCUCAAGGGAAGCGCAUUGCAAGCUAAAGUAAUGGCUAAGCUUUAUCUUAAUAAGCUCUUUCCUAAGCUUGUUCCCUCUCUUGCCGUUCUUCUUCUUUGUCAAUUUGGCUAUGUAGCAAGUCAAUCAACAGGUCUCUCUAACAGCAACCGGUUGCCUGAAGGAGAAGCAAAGGCUUUGGAUGAAUUGAUGACCACGUUAGGGUGGGGUUUUCAACAAAUCUCACGCUCGUCUUGUGACAAUUAUUUUCAAGGCAUCACAUGCAAUUGCACUUAUGAGAACAGCACAGUUUGUCACGUCACCCGCCUAGAACUCUCAAGCCGCGAAUAUUUAACCGGACAAAUCAACGCUGCAGCCUUGACUAGUCUCGAUUACCUAGAAAAAAUUGAUUUGUCCAACAAUCAACUUCAUGGUAGCAUCCCUGUCACCAUGGGGAGCUUGUCUUCACUCUACUACAUCGAUCUCUCCACAAACUUCUUCAAAGGCUCCAUACCUUCAUCCUUGGUGAAUUUGUUGUCCCUCCAAUAUCUCGAUCUCUCCGCAAACUUCCUAAGUGGCUCCAUACCUCUAUCUUUGGGGAAUUUAUCAUCCCUCCAAGUUUUGGAUUUGCGGAAUAAUAUGUUAUCUGGUCAAAUCCCUAAAGAAUUGGGCAACCUCUCUACUCUCAUAUAUAUGGCCUUGGGCUUCAAUGAACUCACUGGUCAGCUUCCACCAGAACUUGGAAGAUUGAGAUCUCUAAAAGUUUUAGGGUUGAGCUCCAACAAUUUGAGUGGAGAACUGCCUGGAAAUUAUUCCAGCUUUACGGGAUUGCAGUUGUUUAGCGUAGCUGGGAACCGUUUGACCGGUCAAUUACCAAGGUUCAUUGCGGAUUGGACUCAACUCUAUUACCUGUCCCUCUCCGGGAAUGAUUUUGAAGGAGAGCUGCCUCUUGAACUUCUUUUUAACAUGUCAAAUCUCCGACACUUGUUUGUUAGUGAUGUAAGAAGCUCGGCCGGUUUCCCUUUCCCAAAAUAUGCAACCAUGACGAGAAUAAGAAAACUGGUGAUAAGGAAUUGCUCAAUAAGUGGUGAAAUCCCCCCGUACAUUGGUGAUUGGUCAUCGUUAACAUACCUAGACUUGAGCUUUAACAGCUUAACUGGUGGAAUACCAGAUUCCAUGAAAAAGCUGAAUUUAAGUAAGAUGUUUCUUACAGGAAAUAUGCUUAAUGGCACAGUACCUUCCUGGGUUCCUCAUACCAUUGAAGACAAGGCGGACUUGUCAUAUAAUAAUAAUUUUGAUGAUGGUCCGAAGAAAGGAGAAGGAAAGCUGAACAUUGAACCAAACAGGAAGUCUAUACGCGAGUUGAGAGAUAAAUGUCAGGGAAAACCAAAGUACGAUUCCUUAUAUAUAAAUUGUGGAGGAGGAGAGACAGUUGUUGAUGGGAAAGUGUUCGAAGCAGACGGUUCAACAUCAAAUUACUAUAUAGCACCGAAAGAAAAUUGGGCUUAUUCUUGUUCUGGAGACUUUGGUUCGGAAACUAACGGUUCCGGUCAUUACAUAAAAAACGGAAUUUGUGGUUCUUCUGAGACACAGUUAUACAAUUCAACUCGCCUCUGCCCUCUUUCUCUGACAUAUUACGGCUUCUGUUUAUUUAAAGGAAAUUACACUGUGAAACUUUACUUCGCUGAAACUGUUUACCAAAGUGAUGAAGAUUAUUCGAAUUUAGGGAAACGUGUUUUUGAUGUAUAUAUACAGGGGAAGAGAGAACUAACAGACUUCAACAUAGAAGAAAACGCAACCGGCACCAAUAAGACAUGGACUGCAAGUUUCACAGCAUAUGUAGAAGAUGAUCAUCUAUUGAAUAUCCACUUUUUCUGGGCUGGAAAAGGAUCUUUUCAGGUGCCAGGUUUUUCCUAUACAACUGCUGCCCUGUCUCUGAAUGGACCCCUUGUGUCAGGCAUUUCCGUAACUGCAA